CUACUCUGUUCGGCCCCGUUUGGCCCCGUCUGACCGGCAUUGCUUUCAUGGUUUUGUGAGGUCAUCAUGCCGUUAGCUGAAUGUAGUUGUGACCAUGAUGGUAAAAUUACCUAGCGGUAGCGUCGCAAAUGUAUAUGUUGGCUGACGCGAAAUUGAACUGGAUGAGCGGCUAAUGCGAGGAAGAAGGCGUUUUGCUGACAUUACGUGGUUAACUGAGUGAGCCAUGUCCGGAGGUGGACUCGAAGAAAUCGGUAUUCCGGGAAAGGAGUACCUCAGAAAGGCCCUGACAAGCUGUUCAGAUCCUUUGAAGGCAAUUGGUGACUUUCAGGCCGAGAAUGGCAUCCUGCUGCCGUCGCUGCGGCCGAUGCUGCCGCUGCUCGACCUGCACGGCGUCAAGCGGUUCGAGUUCCACAUGUCCGUCAUGGAGAGUCUGUGCGAUAAGCUGAUCCAGCAGAUCAACGCCAUUGGCCGGCUGGAGGGCCGCGAGCGGGACAAGAAGCUGCGCGACCUCCUGCACAAGUCGUUCCCGGUCAUCAGGUUCAAGACGCUGCGGCCCGUGGUCAUGGCCAUCCUCAAACACACCCGCGAGGUGGACCACAAGUUCCUCAAGGUCUUGGUGCGUGACAAGGAGCUCUACAACGACCUGGACACGGAGGUGAAGCGCCAGAUCUGGACGGAUCACCAGACGCUGUUCGGAGACGAGGUGUCGCCGCUCUUCAUCCAGUACGUGCAGGAGAAGGAGGCGGCGCUGCUCACACACACCAACCUCACCAACUUCUUCGACCUGACGCCCAAGGUGCGGCGGCAAGGCGAGAUCAUCCAGAAGAUCGUGCACAUGAUCGGCCACAGCGUCAAGCUUUACGACAUGGUGCUGCAGUUUCUGCGCACGCUCUUCGUCAAGACGCGCAACGUGCACUAUUGCACUCUGCGUGCGGAGCUGCUGAUGGCCCUGCACGACCUCGAGAUCCAGGAGAUCGUCGACGUGGACCCGUGCCACAAGUUCACCUGGUGCCUGGACGCCUGUAUCCGGGAGCGGACCGUGGACAACAAGCGCGGCCGCGAGCUGCAGGGCUUCCUCGACUCGAUCAGGAAGGGCAACGAACAGAUCCUCAGCGACCUGUCUAUGAUCCUGUGCGACCCGUUCGCCGUCAACUUCCUGGCGACGUCGGCGCUGAAGAUCCUGGCGCAGCUCAUCAACAACGAGAGCCUGCCGCGCGAGCACACUGUGCUGCUGCUGCUGCUCAUGCUGGAGCUGGGCCUACACGCCUGGGACAUGAUCGACCGGCAGGAGUUCCGCGAGCCGCGGCUGGACCCGCAGGUGGUCACCAAGUUCGUGCCGUCGCUCGUCUCGCUCAUCGUCGAUGACCAGGUGCGCGCGCUCAACCAGAAGCUGCCGCCUGACGAGCGGGCCUCGGCCAUCACCAUCAUCGAGCACUCGGGCCCACCGCCGGACGCCUACCAGGCGUACAUAACCGAGUCGAGCGUGGCCUGCCUGCUGGCCGUCUACUACACACUGCAGACGGCGCGCAGUCGCGACCGCGUGGGUCUGAUGCGCGUGCUCGGCUGCCUGUCGGCCAGCGAGGGCGACCGCGCCUUCGACGACACCUUCCUGCACACACUGGUGACGCUGCUGAUCGGGAUGUCGGACGAGCUCGCCACCGAGGACUUCUGCACCGUCAUCUUCGACGAGUUCUUCUUCACGGCGCUGGCCCGCGAGAACGUAGUGCAGCAGCUGGGCAAGCUUCUGUGGCACACGCAUGCCAAGCUGCCGCACGCGCGCCGCGAGACCCUCAUGCAGGCGCUCCACCAUCAGCCCAACCUGCGGCCGCUGCUGGAACAGCUGCGGGAGAAGAUGGAAAAGGAUGAGUGUGACGUCGAGAUGGCGCCACCGCCGCCGCCCGCCGACUCCCCGCUGAUAUCGGUACCGACGCCAGCGCCGCACCGCGGUGACUAUCCGUAACUUCUGUCGAGCCGGCGACCAGCUGAAACUUCGGUCGGACCGACACCAGCGCCGCGCCGCGGCGACCAUCCGUAACUUCCGUUGAGCCGACGCCAGCGCCGCGCCGCGGCGACCAUCCGUAACUUCCGUUGAGCCGACGUCAGCGCCGCGCCGCGGCGACCAUCCGUAACUUCCGCCGUGCCGACGCCAGACUCAUGUCCGCUGAUAUCGUAGUGCUGUCUUACGCCGCCGGUUCUCAGCCCUCCCGACAUUCCCAGCUAUACUUGACUGCAUUGUAUCGGCUGGCGCUGCCGUCCGUGGCGGAUGACCAGUUGGUGUUCGUUGGGAACCAUGUGCCUGUUGAGCUACUUCGAUCUGCCAGUCGCUGUGAGAGUCAGGUGAAGGUCUAUGGCGCGGUGAAAUGCAUUGGACAUGCGCCCGCGUUUGUGCGAUGAAGGAGUUGGUCAUUUGCCGGCGGAUUGUUUUCAUUGUGCCCUUGGCUUUUGGUGAGUGUAGGGCAUUUGAGUGUAUAUUUCAGUGACACUGUAUGUUGCGUCGCGAGGUGUGAGGUAUGUUAUGGUCCUCUCGUGUAUUGUAUGCGCAAUUGUGACAUACAU